AUGGGCAAACGAAUCAUCGUGACCGGUGGCUCUGGAAAAGCCGGACAGCAUGUCAUUGCCUAUCUCCUCGACAAAGGACAUGAUGUGCUUAAUCUUGAUCUGAUGCCUCUAUCAGGUGAAUUGGCAAGUCGGGUUCAUACUAUGCGCGUCGAUUUGACCGACAGCGGCCAAGUGUACAGUGCUUUCACCUCGCACUUCCACUUAACCGAGCCCUUCCGCGAGCCGCUGGGGCUUCUUCCGGAUGCAGUAAUUCAUCUGGCUGGCUAUUCCCGCAACAUGAUCGCUCCCGAUAAUGAGACCUUUCGCGGAAACGCAUUGUCAACCUUUAAUGUGAUCGAUGCCGCAUCUCGACUCAACAUCAAAAAGAUUAUCACGGCCAGCUCUAUUACCGUUUAUGGAGUGAGCUAUGCUGAGGGGGACGUUGAGUACCCAUCGUUCCCUGUGGACGAAGACACUGAUGCCAAUCCGAUGGAUACGUAUGCGAUUUCUAAGGUUUGCGGCGAGCGUGUUGCCCGUGGCUUUGCUCGUCGAUUCGGGAGCGACAUUUACGUCCUCCGUAUUGGCAGGGUCGUCGCACCUGAGGAAUACAAGGAGGCGAUGUUCGAUGAUUAUGUGAAGAAUCCUGCUGCUUGGGCACCUCAUGGCUGGUCGUACAUCGACACGCGAGAUCUUGGCCAAAUAUGCGACCUUGCGGUACACAAAGACGGUCUAGGGUUUCAAAUAUUCAACGCCGUGAACGAUGAGAUCACCAACUACACCACUUCUACAACCGAAUUUCUCAAGAGAGUUUCUCCAAACGUACCUUUUACCAGGGAAAUGGGGCCACGAGAUGCCCCAGUGUCCAACAAGAAGAUCAAAGAGCUGUUAGGAUUCCACCAGAACCAUCCUUGGCAGAUGUACUAUGAGCGUAAAUAG